UGCGCCGGGCGGCGAUGGCGGCGGACGGGGACUGGCAGGAUUUCUAUGAGUUCCAGGAGCCAGCCCGGAGCCUCCAGGACCAGGAGAACAGUAACGCGAGCCCCGAGGCCGGCGCAGGGCCGGGCGGGGGAGGCGACGGCUUCCCGGCGCUGGCCUGCAGCUUGGAGGAGAAGCUGAGCCUGUGUUUCCGCCCCUCGGGUCCGGGCGCCGAGCCCCCGAGGGCGGCAGUGCGGCCCAUCACCGAGUGCAGCCUCCUGCAGGGGGACGAGAUUUGGAACGCCCUGACAGAUAAUUAUGGAAACGUAAUGCCUGUAGACUGGAAGUCAUCUCACACCAGAACCUUGCAUUUGCUUACACUGAACCUCUCAGAAAAAGGGAUAAGUGACAGUUUGCUCUUUGAUACAUCAGACGAUGAGGAGCUGAGAGAACAGCUGGAUAUGCAUUCAAUCAUCGUCUCCUGCGUUAAUGAAGAGCCCCUCUUCACUGCAGAUCAGGUUAUUGAAGAAAUUGAAGAAAUGAUGCAGGAAUCUCCAGACCCGGAAGAUGAUGAAACGCCAACCCAGUCAGAUCGGCUGUCAAUGCUGUCCCAGGAAAUCCAGACUCUUCAGAGGUCCAGCACAAGCAGUUACGAAGAGAGAGUCAAAAGGCUCUCUGUAUGUGAAUUAAAUGAACUCCUGGAAGAAAUUGAGAGCGCCAUCAAGGAGUAUUCUGAAGAGCUGGUGCAGCAGUUGGCCCUGCGAGAUGAGCUGGAGUUUGAAAAGGAAGUGAAAAACAGCUUUAUUUCUGUUCUCAUUGAAGUACAAAACAAACAGAAAGAGCAUAAAGAAACAGCCAAGAAGAAAAAGAAACUCAAGAAUGGCAGCUCUCAGAAUGGGAAGAAUGAGAGAAGUCAUAUGCCCGGCACACGCUUCAGCAUGGAAGGGAUCUCAAAUGUCAUUCAGAAUGGCCUCCGCCACACCUUUGGAAAUUCAGGUGGAGAGAAACAGUACUUGACAACAGUCAUUCCCUAUGAGAAAAAAAAUGGACCACCAUCUGUUGAAGAUCUUCAAAUAUUAACAAAAAUUCUUCGUGCCAUGAAAGAGGACAGUGAAAAGGUUCCAAGCUUGUUAACUGAUUAUAUACUGAAAGUGCUCUGUCCUACAUAGGGCAGCACCGCGUCAGGAACAGCUUUCUCUUCUGUGGACUACAAGCUAGAUUUCCUAUAGCAUUGUUCUGAAACCUGGCUACCAUUCCCUUCUGCUAUUGGAAACUCAGCACACUUGAACUUGGGUUUGUGAUUCAGUAUUAACUAGAUCAUGCUUUCACUAAUUCUUUAUAUUAUGAACAAGAGAAGUAUGGCACUGUUCUGAAUUCUAGAGGUGUGUGUGUGUGUGUGUGUGUGUGUGUGUGUGUGUGUGUGUUUUUGUUAAAUACUAACAAUUAUGAACUCUUCUCUCCUCCACCUUUGUAGAGUAAGGGGGAGUAAUGUUUGUGCAUGCGCAGUUAUAUUUUUCCUGAACUGACAGUAUGCCCAGUUGAGUUUUUAUGGCUUUCUAGAUCUGCACUGCACUGAAGAACUAGAUUAAAGCAUUGAGAGAUUUAUACUGUAACUGUUCUUCGGUGGUGGCAAGAACCGACGCUGUUCUUUAUAAAGGGACUGUCAGGAUAAAUAUUACCUACAGUGUUGUCAAGGGAGACAGAAACUGAAACGUGGGCUGUUCUCUGAAGAAGGGGAACCAGAAUGUGCGCUAUGGCAGAUGACAGUGACGACAACUACGAACAACAAUGAUGAUGACCAAGGGCCUCGAUGACCAAGGCCGAGGCCUGGAGGCCCAGUGGGGAGAGGGCUGAUAUUGGAGGUUGCUGCGUCUUUCACCCCUAUUGAGACGUUAACCAUUCAGUUGCCAUUCACUUUCAGAACCUUGUAUUGUUGAACUUUCGAUGUUUAUAUGUCUUGCCUCACGUGUCUGUGAAGAAGUGUCCUUGACAAGGAGCCUGUGUCCUCCAAGGUGCUUUCCUGUAUCCUGUGCGCUGCUGUGGCGCCCUGUCCCCACUCCUGCCCGAGUGUCUCCCGAAAGCGCUACUCCUUGAAACAGCUCAUCGAGCCGGCACUGGUCAUGAAACACUUUUCUGCCAGUUCCAGUCAAGUCAUUGCCAUUUAAUAAAUGUUGAAAAAAGGG